AGUCACGCAGCAUGGCCAGCAUGGUGGCAGAACUGCCUGAAUCCACCUGAAUCGUGAACGUUUGCCGUCAACGUGCGUCGAGGAUUUUCAUUUUCGGAUUUUGUGCGAUUUCUUGGAGAGAAAGUAUUCGCGUGCGUUGUCAUUCGCAAUGGUCUCCCUAAAUCCAGUGCGGAUCCUCAAAAAUGAGGCCGGAGAAGAGAAGGCGGAGAUUGCGAGAUUGAGCUCGUUUGUCGGAGUGAUAGCCAUUGGAGAUCUGGUGAAAUCCACCCUCGGUCCCAAGGGCAUGGACAAGAUACUCGUGUCUCAUGGCAGGUCCGCAGGACAGGUGCAUGUCACUAAUGAUGGUGCCACUAUUCUCAAGAGCGUCGGCGUUGAUAAUCCGGCUGCCAAGAUUUUGGUAGAAAUGUCUCGUGUCCAGGAUGACGAAGUGGGCGAUGGUACUACUUCGGUUACUGUUUUCGCUGCGGAACUUUUGCGAGAAGCCGAAAAGUUAAUUGAGAAUCAAAAGAUUCAUCCACAAACUAUCAUCGGUGGUUGGAGGAAUGCUACAAAUGCAGCGAAUGAGGCUCUAAAGAAUGCAGCCAUAGACAAUUCUGCGGAUGCCGAUCGUUUUCGAGAGGAUUUGCUGAAUAUCGCUCGUACAACGUUGAGUUCUAAGAUCUUGUCCCAACACAAGGAGCAUUUUAGCAAGCUCGCGGUCGACGCGGUGUUGCGCCUUAAAGGCUCCGGUAAUCUGUCCGCGAUUCAAGUUAUAAAGAAACGCGGCGCAACGCUCGCCGAUUCCUUUUUGGACGAGGGAUUCUUAUUGGAUAAGAAACCGGGUGUUCACCAACCACAAAAAAUUUCUGACGCGCGUAUACUUAUCGCUAAUACGUCUAUGGACACGGAUAAAAUCAAGGUAUUUGGUUCCAGAGUACGUGUAGAUUCAAUGGCAAAAAUAGCAGAGUUGGAAACUGCGGAGAAAGAAAAGAUGAAGGAUAAGGUUGACAAAAUCUUGAAGCAUGGUUGCAACGUCUUUAUCAAUAGGCAAUUGAUAUACAAUUAUCCCGAACAAUUAUUUGCUGAUGCCGGAAUUAUGGCUAUCGAGCACGCCGAUUUCGAUGGUAUCGAGAGACUUGCACUCGUUACUGGUGGCGAGAUUGUUAGUACUUUUGACAAUCCAGAUUUAGUCAAACUGGGAAAAUGCGAUCUUAUCGAACAGGUUAUGAUAGGAGAAGAUACACUUCUAAGAUUCUCCGGAGUUCCGCUGGGUGAAGCGUGCACUGUCAUUAUUCGUGGCGCAACGCAGCAGAUCAUCGACGAAGCCGAGAGAUCGCUGCACGAUGCGCUCUGCGUUUUAGCAGCUACGGUACGCGAGUCGAGAAUAGUUUAUGGAGGUGGAUGCAGCGAAAUGAUUAUGGCUUGCGCCGUUAUGCGAGCGGCCGCAGCCACGCCGGGUAAAGAGGCCGUUGCGAUGGAAGCCUUUGCACGAGCGUUGCAGCAAUUGCCAACCGUUAUCGCCGAUAAUGCUGGCUAUGAUUCGGCGCAAUUGGUCAGCGAAUUGAGAGCCGCACACAAUUCCGGGAGCAACACCAUGGGAUUAGAUAUGGAAAUGGGCAAAGUCGGUUGUAUGAAGCGGCUAGGAAUCACCGAAUCUUGGGUAGUGAAGAGGCAAGUUCUCGUGAGUGCAGCCGAAGCAGCAGAAAUGAUACUUCGGGUGGACGAUAUUUUGCGCGCGGCUCCUAGAAAACGCGUACAAGAUAGAGGACGUUGUUAAUUCAUUAAGAAAAAGGAAAAGAAAUUUUUACUUUCGCUUUGAUUUCAUAAUUGCUUGCAAUUUCUUUAAUACGUAACAUGCGGCUUCUUAAAUUAAUAUGUUUAAUUAAAUAUUUCAUUGUAUUGGUCUCUGAUCGAUAAUAACAUUUGAUAAUAUUAAUGUACUAAUUAGAGCAAGGAAAAUAUAUUCCAUUUUUUUGAACAUUA